AUAAAAUAAAAGUUUGAUUUGCGCAGGAAAAAGGCUUUAAUUAAGAAGGUCCGCCAGCGACCGAAAUUCAUCAAGUAAUGGCGGUGAAUUCGCAUUCCGAUCUCAAGGACUUGCAUAUUUUUGAGUUGCGUCCGCUAAUAACAAAUUUUAGCUGUAAGCUCUCUGCUGUCACUGUCUCGCCGUACGAUGAAAAGCAAUUCCUGUGCCUGGUCAGCGAGGAGAAUGAUAUUGUACUGCGUUAUAUCAAUAACGCGGGCCAAGAGGUGUUUAAGAUGAUCUCCUGGUUUCGACGCAGCAACCGUGUUAUACAUGAUGUGUGCUUUGAUCCUGCGGGUACUUGGCUGCUUGUGCUGUGUUUCGAUAAUACGCUGCAUAUUCUACCCGCGCUAUCAUUGGUGGACAGGACACACAAUCUGGCCGCCUCGUCGCUAUACAGCAUGACACAGAUAACAUCCUACAUAAUACCGUUUGUUGGGCCACACGAAUGUCCUAAUUCAAAGCUGUGUCCUAAUCAUUCAACAAUGUUAAGCGAGACACUGGAGGAGCAAGCGGAUCAGAUGGCGGAUAACCUAGAGCAUAUUAGGCUAGAUAAAGAGGCUGACAAUAUUGAAGCAGAAGCUUUGGGGCAAGACUUGCCCGAUUAUAUGCUAGCAAAUGGCCCUGAGGCUGCUGCAACUGCCGAGCACGAACACAUGGCAGAUGCGACGGGCAACAGUCAAGUGAUGGCCAGCUCAUUUAUGGCUUCAAAAACCUGCCCCUAUCCUCUGUCAGUAGUGUGGUGGAAAACGUACCAGGGCUUAAAUCGCGCCAUAAUUGGUUACUCCGAUGGCUCCAUCUGCUUUGUUGGUCUCAGUCCCAAUUGCCCAAUGAUUGCCAGCACAACCAUACAGAGCGGCUCCGUAGUGCGCUUAACAAUAUGCAAGGACAAUACUUUCGAUGGCGUCAUGUUGCUAAUUACCUCAUCGCUGAAGGAGCAGUUUAAGCUGCUGCUUGAGCAAAAGGCCAUCUCGUAUGUGUAUCCUGGCGAUAGCUCACCCACGACACGUGAGGGUGCCUGGCAAAUAGUUAUGUCUGUACAUGCAAAGCAACAGACUGGUGUCUCCAAUGAAGCACGCCAAAGCAACAGUUCCGAUCCGGCCUCGGACAGCAGUCAGCUAGAUGAAGAUGUCUUUGCGCCAGCCGGCAGUGAAGAUGUGGCGCCCACAACACAAACAGCAACAGUGGUGGCAACUACGCCGGAGCUGCUCGCAGCGGAUAGUGAGGACAAUGCGUGUACGCCAGCAGCUCCACCCGCGGUUAGCGAAAAUGCAGGUAUGCGUUUUCAACAGCAACAGCUGGGAGUCAAUAGCUUCGAUGGCAUAUUGCCCGCCACGCGUGCACGCCUAGCGUCACUCAAAAGUUUGGGCUCCAAAAAGCUUCAGGCCAUCAAGAUGCGCCUGUCUGACCAACGACAAAAGUUUGAUGAAUUUAUGCCUGACAACCAUAUGGGUUCGUUUGCUAUUAUGGACUCGCCUUCGGUAACACCAGAGCCGCUGGGAAAUACCAAUGGAUCCCACUAUACAAUACAGAAUCUGCGCAGCACUUACCUCUUGAGCGCCUUACAUAGCAGUAGCUGCAGUUUAACGGUGCAUAGCAUUGAUAUAAAUCUGAAGCCGUUGUUCUUAUACAAAAUACCCAAACACUGUGUGGACAUCCUGAUUAGCUCCAAUAUACUCUACAGCAUACAAUAUGUAAAUCUAAAUAGUGGCAAUGAUACAGCCAGCUCAACGGCUACGGCACCUUCUUCGCUGGAGGAGCCACUGCUGGCGAAUACUGAGAAAGAAAGCCUUGAUGCCGACUCGGAAAAAGUGGAAGCUAACACGACUAACAAAAGUGAUGAUACCAGCGCAACGACGAGCGCAUCGAGUAUGGAUCACAGCGAUAUGCCCAGUAAUGCCAUCAAUGCUGUUAGCAUUAUCAGCAGCGCAAUGGCCUCGCAGCAUGCCACCGAAGAUAAUAAAUUCAAUCAGCAAGCACAGUUGGCGCUCUUUCGCUUUGAACACGAGACAGUCCUGCAUCUCUAUCAAAUGGCACAGUUUCGUGCGGACAAUAAUGGGACAGUUCAAUUGGAGGCGCUAAGCAAAGAGGAAAAGGCCAAGGCAUUUGAGUUGAAGGACAUACACACACCAAUGGACUAUGUGCAGUUUUAUGAGUCCGUUGAUGUUAGCAGCGAAUACUCACUGCGCCAAAUGGAAAUAAUGCAGGCAGAGUUUCCCAAAAUCAAUUACGAUCCUUGCUACGUUAUAACCAACAAAAAUGUCUACACUAUACAGCUAAAAAAGGCGCCAUUCGAGUUGUUCUUAGAUGCAGCGUUGAUCAGCGAAUGGAAUCAAUGCCGCGAUUUUUGCAAUACAUUUGAUUUAUCAUUUGAGCACUGCAUUGAAUUCGCUGGCGAUUAUUUGCUGCGUCGCAAAAAGAUUACACAGGCGCUCAUUACGUAUAAUGUGGCGAGGGUGAAGCCCAUACGCACUGCUCUCAAGCUGGCCAUGUAUGGCCAUACGUUUCCACUGAUGCAGCUCUGUGCCAUGGCACUCAAAUGCAGCUAUAUAUUGCGCACCCGUUACUUUUGUCAUACACUGUUGAAGGGCCUAUUGCCAGACAUUACGUAUCGUCAUUCGGAGGAUGUGCGUGAGAUUUUGCCGCUGAUUGAGAAGGAUAAGAGUGCGGUGGUUAAUUCUGGCGAAAGCUGCAGCGAUUAUCUUUAUGGCGUGGAUGAAUCAAUAAGCGCGCUGCAAAUGUCGCCAUCAUCACAGUUUCAUUUGGCCAAUUUGCUGCUCAUAACGCUGGCCGAGAAGGCUGUCAACGAUAAGAACUAUUUGCCUUUGUGGAACUUUUUGGUAACGAAUAGCAAGUAUCACACCAAUAUGACCAGCAUUGUGCUUUGCCAGAGCGGUCUGUUCUCAGCUGCAGUUAUAUUGGCCAAAAUGCGUGGCGUUUGCCUUGAUACAUUCAAUGCCUUGGUAAGCGUUGUGGCUCAGGAAUUUGGCUGGUACAAUGAGUUAAACGUUUGUCUGUACAAUCUAAGCGAGUGCUUAUUUAUGGAAACAAUAACUUACUUGCCAUAUGUGGCAAUGGAAUUCUUCUGUUUUAUACAAAACAAGCUGGAGCACAUACGACCCUGUGUGUUGCAGCGUCUUUCCAAGCAAUUGAAUCCCUUUGCUGCUGCACUGCGUCCUAUUAUUUCACACAGCAGCAGCUCCAGUGCUAAUGAAAAAUAUGCGCAUCUUUUUGAAUUCUGUAAAUAUCUAAUCGAAACCUAUUUGGCCGUGCUUAUACAUUUGGAAUCGCAGCGCGUCAAACACGACGCCAUCAUAAAUGCUCUAUCGAAUUUUCGCAUAAACUAUGAAGACAAUCAGUUUGCUAUUGAGAGUUCACGCUUCAAGCCCAUCUCAGCGGGUUGUGCCUAUGGCGCCUGCGUUGUGGACGGCGUUGCUUAUUUCUGGGGCUCCAGCGGCGUGCCCCUAUGUUACAGCGCUCAAAAAUCUACAGAGCCACCGGAGCCAGCUUAUGCGGUAAAGACCUUGGAGCUGCUCUCACAGCUAAACCUGGAGGUGCAUGCCAUAAAGUGUGGCAGGCAGCACACGCUUAUACUGACCAAUAAUGGCCUGUAUGCCAUGGGCAACAAUAAUCUAUGCCAAUUGGGCAUUGGUCAGCAUAUGCAAAUGGCGCUGCAGCCGAUGCUGUUAACGGCGCUGGAUGGCAUGAACAUUACCAUGCUUGAGGCUGGACAAUAUCAUAAUGCUGCCGUAGCGGAUGGCAAGCUCUAUAUGUGGGGCUGGGGCAUCUAUGGCCAAUUGGGCAACGGAAGCCCGGAGAAUCUAGCUACACCCACUCUAGUCAGUUUUUUUAAGUACAAGAAAAUUUUACAAAUAAGUCUGGGACAUGCUCAUAGCUUGGUGCUGUGCCAGGUUCAGAGAAAUAAUUAUACUCCGGCUACUAAUGACAGUGUAAAUGAACUGUACGUCUUUGGCUCCAAUCAUUUUGGGCAGCUGGGCAUUGGCUGCGAUGAGCAAGGACAAACGGAGAGUAAAACGAGUUUACCACUACGCCUCGAGUUGAGCGACUGCAGCAUAAGACUGAUACAUACGAAAUUUUUUACAAACCUAGCUGUAGAUGAGCAGGAGCGCAUGUAUACUUGGGGCAGCUCACCGCAGGCUUUACGCCUCGCCAACCAAAUCAAACGUCGCGCCAAUGCCAAGCAGAAGCAGGAGGAAAUGCAGCAGCGUGAGAUGCUAAGCAAGCGUUUGGAGGAGACACUGCUUCCGCCAGCAAACAAUCAUAGCAACUUGGUGGAGCCGAGCACAUCUUAUGCAGCCGUGCUGGCGGGGGCUGUGCCCAAGUCUAAUGCAGAAACCAAAGAUAAUCCACUUGAUUCAGCGAAAUCAGAUGCCAGCGAUGUAAUUAACGCCACACUGACAGCCAACAUUGCAGCUUCGGCGUCUGUAGCAGUGCAAACAAUGCAACCAAGCGAACCAGAUCCAUCGGAGCAUAUGACGCCACAUUUGGUGGAUACCAGCGAGGUGGCCGGACAAAUUUUACAAAUCUCCAGCGGUUUGUUUCAUUACGCGCUUAUAUCCUCCACUUGCACGUUGUACACCUGGGGCAAGAACCUGGAGCAUCAAUUGGGCACUGAGGAUAAGGAUCGACGUACUGUACUCAAGCCCUCGCCCAUUGACAGCAUUGAGCGGCCCAUGUAUGUGGAUUGCGGUGCUGAUUUUACGCUUGUCAUGACCACCGAUCAUGUUGUCAAGGCCUUUGGCGGUAACUCCAAUGGCCAGUGCGGACGCGACUUGGGCGCCAGCUUAGACCGCAUGCGUCAACGCGUCGUUUGUUUGCCCACCACCAAGCGUCUGAUGCGUUUCGAGAGUCAAUGCGUUGAGGCGCCUGUGGAGAUAAAUUUGCCGCGGCCGCGUAUACGGCUGGAUCAGGAGCCAGUGCGUUAUUUAAAGGUAAUGCCGCCAUAUCAGCCGCACUUUUUGCAGCAGGCAAACAUUAGCUUCGAUCAAGGAUACGCAGCCACACCUAACUACAAGUCUAGCAGCGAUCAGGCCGGCACCGGUCAGGAUUCGGAUGAUUUGCUAAGCAGUUUGGAGAAUUUGAGCCACAACGAUGGCAGCUACUCGUACAAUAUUGCGCAGCCGGGUGGUGAUGCCAACAGUUCGCUAGACAUGGACUACUCGCCCGAGGAGCAAAGCUAUGUGCAAUUGCCGAAUCAGACGCCAGCUGCAACGGCAACCGCUAAUGUUGCUGCUGCUUUGCUGGGCGAGGAUGAUGACAUCAGCAGCUGUACACGCAGCUCCGAGGCUACAGAUGUGGCUGCAAUGCAGCCGCUGCGUCAUUAUAUACACUAUUGCCUAUAUGCGUUUCAUGGACUCUAUAAUCCGGACAAGAUUAGCGAGUGCGCGCGUGUGCAUCGCAAUGAGUAUCGCAUACGCAUUUGCAUGCUCAACUUUCGCUUCGUGGAGGCAUUUCAGCUGUGCCUGCAUAGCUGCGACACCGCACAACGCACGCUUAAGCUGUUUGAGUACUUCAGUAAGGAUACGGGCUAUGUGCCGCUCAAGCGUCCGGAUCUCAAGCAUUUGAUUUAUCACAUGUGUCUACACUUUAUGGAGCGCAAGUUUGAUAUGCUGGACUGCGAGCGCUUCUUUAUGAGCGACUUGGACUACUAUUUGCUGGAGCUUGCGUAUGUCUUUUAUUUCAACAACAACAAUUCAACGCUGGAGCAGAAUCUCAAUCAGAAGUUCAAGCUGCUGAUUGCAGCGACGGACAGCAAUCAGUCCGACACCCAGGCGCUGCUGCAGGACACCGAUGCCAUUUUUGAUAGCUUUAGUGUUAAGUUCAAGACGUUACUAUGCCAGCGUCUGCUCAGCUAUUGUGAGUCCGAUGCGAAUGCCAGCAAUUAGCAUUGGCUUGCCCAGGGAGAUCUAUGGGUCUUGCUUUGAGUUUGUUUUUGUUGAAAUGUUUGUCGUGUUUUCAUUUAUUCCCGCAAUGUAUGUGUGUUUUUUUUUUAAUUUGUUGCAAGUUCCAGCACAUAACCAAAUAUCAGUUAAGACGUUCAGUUUUCAACAAUACUAAAGUAAAUAUAUAUACUAACAUACAAAAUAUUAU